AUGGCGCCGUUUCGCAUCGUCAUCGUGGGUGGUGGCAUCGCAGGCUUCACGGCUGCCAUUGCCCUCCGUGGAGCCAACAGACAUAUCACAAUCCUCGAACAAUCGAGCUUGAACAAGGAAAUUGGUGCUUUGAUUUCUUUGCAGCCGAAUGCUUCCAGGAUUAUGGAGUCCAAGUGGAAUCUGGGCCAGGAACUCCUGGAGGCGCGGCAAAUGGUGGAUGAAGGAUUCCGGAUAUACAACACAGAAGGAAACCUGGUCAACACUAUACCUUUGCUGACAAAGGAAAAGUAUGGCGCGGAGCGUCUCUUGUUUCAUCGGAGAGAUCUCCAUGAGACACUGAAAAGUGCAGCUGUCUCACCCAUGCGGGCAGGGGAUCCAGCCAUUGUGCGAGUCACGUCGAGGGUUGUUGACUGUGAUGUACUGAAAGGAACAGUCACUCUGGACGGCGGUGAGAUAGUCGAAGGAGACGUUAUUAUUGGUGCAGAUGGAAUCCAUAGCGUUCUUCGAAAACAUGUACUCGAGGAAGCACCUAGUCCUAUGCCGACCGGCCAUUCUGCGUAUCGCCUUAUGAUGCCAACAGAAAUCCUUGAAAAGGAAGAACCUGAAUUUUGUGCUAAGAUCAACCCCCGAGAGCCUUUCACGUCGAUGAUCGUCGCUCACGACUGUCGUCUCAUCAUGGGCCCCGGAAGACAAGGCGAGGUUUAUGGGAUUGUCGCUUUAGUGCCGGAUGACCAAAUGAACGAGAAUCCUCAUGCAAAACAGUCUUGGGUUGCAGAGGGAGACUUGGAAAAGAUGAUGCAGACUUUUGCCGACUUUCCGUCCUGGGUUAAAAACAUCUUCAAACACUCGGCCGAUCUGGGCCUUUGGCAACUACGGGAUCUUGUAGGCACUCCUAUCAAAUUUGUCUUAUGUAUCUCACAAGUACAGGAUCCUUUGAAAACGUGGCACCGUGGCCGUGUAAUCAUCAUUGGAGACGCCGCACAUGCCAUGCUACCAACGCAAGGUCAAGGAGCCAGUCAAGCAAUCGAGGACUCUGAAGCUCUUGGAGCAUUCUUUGAUGAGAUCAUUGAACCACCAUCCCCUGAAGUCCUUACAAAAGCACUUGAGGAUAUCUUUCAGGCACGCUACAAACGUGCAAGUCUGAUCCAGGCAUAUAGUCGGCAAGCAGCCAAGCCAGCAACAGCUCAGGGAAAUAAAGUAGUUACAAUGAAACCGGACGAAUUCAUGGACUUCAACUGCAGAUAUGACGGGGCCAAAGAAUGGCAACAGCUUAGAGAAUAG